AUGUUUCAGGAGCGUAACAAACACAUGCUUCAUCCCACCAACGAAAAUGAAUACUUCUUUGACAGAGAUGGCACCAUAUUUCGUUACAUCAUGCAAUUCUAUCGCACUGGAGAAAUAUUUUGGCCCGAGGAAACCGAUUUCAUCACUGAUCCCUCUCAAAAUCUCUACAUCACUCGUCGAGAACUCGAGCUCGAACUCGAUUACUUUCAGAUUCCGGUGCCGGGUCGCGGCGGAAUAGACAAAACAGGGGCCGUGUCAUUGGUGGACGGAUUUCUGAGUGCACUGGAUUCGGUGGCAAAUCACGUUGUCAAGAAGUAUAAUGCGACGAUACUUAUACAGUUUCGAUUGGGAAUGAUAGAAUAUGACGUUGAUCAGGACAUAGAAUUGUUGGUGAAAGAAAUAUUGGAGCCAUUCAAGUUGGUGGGAUACAAGAUCCUGUCAAAGUUUAAUAGGGAGAUUGCUUCGUAUCUGGCGAAGAAUCAUAGUUCCUUGAAUUCGAAGGUUGUGAGGAAAUCUCAUAAAGGCUAUUAUGAGGUUAGGAUGAUGAUGAAAGACUUUCAGGAGCUUGACGAACAAUUGAUAUUCAAGUACUCCAAGCUAGCGAAAGUUGUUGACCCGGCGAAAGUGAUAGAGGAUGAAGAGGAAGAGUAG